AUGUUAGUGGCGGGGCUGCUGCUGCUGGCAUCGCUCAGCUUUUGUGACCUGCUCAAUACCAUGGCCUUCAGCGAAGAAAUCACCGUAGCACGAGCUGCUGCCUCUGCCGGGGAGCCUGGAAGAGGCAGCUACAUUUCCUUCCUCAGCAGUCUGACAGCGGUUCAGUUUCUGCAGAAGUUGGUCCUGAUGCUCUUCCAAAUCGUCAUCGCGGCUUCCGUUCAGAUGCGUCAGGAGGCCGUUGGAGUCUUGGAACCCAACUGCGGGUACUUGGUAGGCAGCGACGAUUUGGAUGGCACGUCCUGCCCCAAUUUCUGGCAUGCACCGGUGGAUGUUUUGGCCAUUGUGGUGCUGAUGUUUGGUUUCCUGCUGUGCUUUGUCUUAGUUCUGCUGGUGCCGUUUCGGCGAUUUAUGGCCUCUCCCGCUGCCAGAUGGGUCACAGUGAGUCUUUUCCGGCACAGCCUGCGGCGGCCCAUGCUGUGGCCCUCCAAGCUACCUGAGGUCUUGAAACUUCCGCUCUGGGCCUGGCCAAUCUCCUCGCUGAUGACCAGCCUUGGAGUCUGGAACGAGGCGCAGGCGGAAAUCGAACAAACUGCUGGACGCCUGGAGUGGUUAGAUCCACUGCCUCGGGAGGAGGAGAAGAGCAGUGAGGGUCCUGAGGCGCCUGGGGCCAACUUCGACUUGGCCUCGCAACGUGCCAUGGCCAAUUCCACCACCUGGCUCUGUGCCUUUGCAUGGCUUCCCAUGCCACUGGCCGGACCUGUGAUGUUCACAGCCACGAUGUAUUUGAAUAGGUCUCGAGUUUUGACCUUCGGCCGUGUGGAAGACUCGGACGCCAAGACGAGCAGCUGUGCGGACAACCUCUUCAGCCGGGAUUCCGCAAGUCUACGAUAUCAGCUCCAGGAAGCACCUUUGCCCAUCCAAGUGGUGAAGUGGAUCUGCAGCUUCCUGAUGUUCAUAUUCAUGCUGCUGAUCCAGCUGGCUCCAGGCCCAAGACUGGUGGAGCGGGUCCACAGCAUCUCCCUCUUCAUGGCUCUGGGCUUGGCAGGGGUCCCAGCCCAGCAUAGCCCAGCGCCGAGAAGUCAAGAGCCUAGAAGCCACAGAUUGUCGGUCAGCAGUUUUGAUCACAUCAUGGGUGACGCCAUGGGGAUUGCGCGGGAUGCCAACGAGAGCAACCAAGAAGCCCAAGAGGCUGCGACUGAUGGCCUUCCAACCCCCCAGGCAAAAUGGCUUCGCAGGGCCGAGAUUUCACUGGACGUGAGUCUGCUGAGUGGUCGCAGUUGUCGACUUUCCAUGGCCUGCAAUGCUACGGUCAUGGAUGUCCUCAGGAAAUCCAGAGAAGCUCUAAACGUGGAUGUCAGUCGGCUCUACUGGUUGCAGCAACCCCUGCAGCGCAGCCACAAACUCUGCGACGUCGGGCUCGAGGAUGGGGCGCAGCUGACAGCGGUGGCGGCAGAUGUGCAAAUCAUCUCCAGCCUGGAGGCGCUUGCUGCGGGCGCGAAUGCCUGGCCGCUGAGCUGUUGCAACGAGGCGCCGGACGGCAGUUUUUUGGCGAUCCGAACGGAUGGCCAGGUGCUUGCCUGGGGCGGCCUUGCCUGCAGUGAAAGUUUCCGCAAGGAAUUGACUGACUUCUGCGAAAUCAGGGCCACGGUGGGAGCCUUUGCGGUGCUGCGUCCGGAUGGUUCGGUGUGCACCUGGGGCAAGGCUGGCUAUGGAGCGGAUCGCAGCAAGGUGAAGCCCCUACUUGAGGCGGAUGUUUGUGCCAUCUAUGCCACCUCGAAAUCUUUUGCAGCGUUGAAACGCGAUGGUUCGGUGGUCUCCUGGGGCGGUCCCCGCUUCGAGAAUUUCGGGGGUGACAGCAGCAGGGUCCAGGAGCAACUGCAGGAGGUGAGGGAAAUCAAGGCCACCCACAGUGCGUUUGCAGCUCUCAAGGCCGAUGGUUCGGUGGUUUGCUGGGGCAACAGCUGUGAAGGCGGCGACUGCAGUCGUGUCGCGGAGCAGUUGAAGGACGUUCGGCAGGUCUGUGCGGCGCAGCGUGCCUUCUGUGCCUUACGGGCAGAUGGCAGCACGGUGUCCUGGGGUGUGGUGGCAGAAGGAGGUGGAUCUUAUAUGGUCCAGGAGCAGCUGCACUCCGUGGUGGAGCUCUCCGCCAGCUCCAGCGCCUUCUCCGCCUUGCGCUCGGAUGGCCAAGUGGUGUCCUGGGGCGAUUUUCUGGCGGGUGGGAGAACGUGCGAGGAGGCCACGGGUGUGGUGAAAGUGGUGGGCAACGACUGCGCCUUCGCAGGUCUUCGGCACAACGGCUCCGUGGUCACCUGGGGAGAUGCCAAGGGAGGAGGAGAUUCUAUUGCAAUUUCCGCAGAGCUCAUUGACAUUAAGGAGAUUCGUCCCUUCUUCCAGUGCUUUGUGGCUUUGCGGAAGGAUCACUCUGCCAUUCUCUGGGGACGAGGUAAAGCACCGCAGAUCUUCAGAGACGUGGUGAGCGUGGCAGUCACCAAAUUUGGUGUGGCAGCCUUGAAUUGCGAUGGCUCUGUGCAGGGCUCUGAUGACGAGUGGCAAGGUGUCCUCUUCGACACGGUGAAGGAUCAGCUCAACGAACAGGUCUUGGAUCUGCACGUCACCGCGGGGGCCUUCGCAGCAGUGAAAGUAGAUGGCCAGGUUAUCACCUGGGGUGGCCCUCGGUAUGGAGGUGACAGCACAUCUGUCAGGGACAUGUUGGAUCCUGAAGGCACGAAUCAGCUCGCUUGA